GUCAAAAUAAUAUGUAUUUAGCUAAAUUUUAAGAAUGGCGCCGCUGCUGAGUCAGCCACGAUUUGAGUUUGGAGUACAUCGAAUUCUGAAUCCAUUUUUUAAGGCAUCAAUAUGCCAUUUCCAUCAAAGUGCCUUCCGUUGUGGCUGGGGAGUAUCCUGUGACUUAGAUGAGUUGGAGUCGGGCCACUGUUCUGGUACAAUGUCUGAUGUAAAGAAGGACAUCAAUCAACGUAUUGGCUUGGAGCCGGGCUACCAUUCAAUACCCAAGUGUCGGGCAAGUCUGCUCAAAUAUCAACCGGAACAGAAUGAUUUGCCCAAGCGGAGUCUAAUGGACUCGUUCACUACGGCCGUAUUGCCAUUGACCUUGAUUCCGGUGCAGGAGUCUUAUGUCAAUCAUUUGGGACAAGUGCGUAUGGGUCGCCUGAUGGAGGACCUGGACUUGUUUGCCGUGUGGAUCUGUCAUCGUCACGUGAAUUUGCCAAAAUUGCCCAAGGGCAUCCCACUGCCUUAUGUCUUUGUUACGCUCCUGGUGGACAGCGUGGACUUUGAAAAUGAAAGAGGACUCACCGCCCAUGAGGAUAUGGAUUUUUGUGGUCAUGUCUCCUGGACCGGUAGAAGUUCCAUGGAGAUAACCAUGUAUAUUCGACAACAAUCGAUCAUCUUUGCCAAGGCCAUAUUUAUGAUGGUGGCACGCAAUGCAACCAACACGGGACCAGCACCAGUCAACGCCCUCCAGCCGGCCAACGAGAAGGAGCAACGCUGCUACGAGAAUUCCAUCGAAAGGCACAAGCGACGCAUGGCAAAACAAUCGAAAUCUGUGCUGAAUGUGAGACCAACCAAAGACGACGAGAAGCUCAUGUAUGAGAUCUUCAAACGGACAAAGGGCACUGACAUCAGCAUCAGGGAUGCCAGCGAGUUGCCGCCACCCAAUUGUCGAUGGAUGAGCGACUCCUUUCAGACGACCAUACUGCACGCAUUCCCGGACAAUCGCAACUCGCAUAAUCAUAUUUUCGGUGGAUUCGUCAUGCGUCAGGCUGUGGAAAUUAGUUUCAUCGCUGCCUGUAUUUAUGCUGGCGGUCGUCCAUUAUUGACUGGCAUAAUGGACGUGGCAUUCUAUGGCCCGUUGAAGGUGAACUCGUUCCUAAAACUAACGGCCUAUAUCGUAUAUACACAUAAAGAGUAUAUUCAAUUGUUGACAAUUGUCCAAGGCUUUGAUGGGACCAACAUGGAAAAGACGACAACAAACAUGCUGCAUAUGACCUACAAGGCGAAGGUGCCCGUUAAGGAGGUGCUGCCCGCCACCUAUCAGGAGACCCUGUGGCACAUCAAUGGACGCAACAAAUUUCGGGCCAUUCAGUUAUUGAAAAUCAAACGAAGAAAGAUCAACAAUAAUAACUUAAGCAAGCAAAAAUAAUUUGAAAAUUUUUACCUGGACUUGCCUUGGAUAAGUUUGUUUAUAAUUUGUGACUGUUAGCUAUUUACAGAUUAGAACGGUUGCGACUUGGGAAUUAUAAUAUUUCUAUCAAAAUUACCCAUAUAUAUUAAUACACAUUUAAAUCCCUUUCGGUUUUUAAUAAAUACGCAACCAGAAAACAGAUCCCAGUAUGGAUAUUAAUAAUUGAACUAUAUUUGAUUCAUUCAGCGAGAUAUUUUGUGUGCAGAAUUUGCAG